CGCCGAGGCCGGUACGGAGGCGGGCGGGCGGGCGGCUGCCAGCUCCAGGGCCCCGCCGCGGCCCGCAGCCCCCCCCCGGCCCGCAACCCCCCGCCGAGGGCUGCCUCACGGUAGAACAUGAGCAGGUAAUGCACAAGGAGCACCGCUGGGAGUCAUGUCAGACGAGUCAAUCUCAGGGAGUGAUCCGGACCUGGACCCGGACUUGGAGCAGGAGGAUAUGGAAGAGGAGGAGGAGGAAGAUGAGGAGGCGAUGGAGGAGGACAAUGAUGGGGAUGAUGAGGAGGACUUACUUGAUGAGAGUGACCAACCCCAGGAAGCUGUGUUCAGCAGUGACCAUGUUGAGCACGCAGAGGAUGGAGAAUGGCAGCGCUCUACUUCAACUACCUCAUCGCAGAGUGAGCGGGCAGAGCGACUCUUGCAGAACCAGCACAAGAGCCUGGCCUCUGGGGACACCAAAAAGAAGAGGGCUCAGAAACCGUCUCACAUGCGGAGAAACAUAAGAAAGCUAUUGCGUGAGGACCAACUAGAGGCUGUGACAAAGGCAGCCCAACAGGAAGAGUUGGAGAGAAGGAAGCGUCUAGAGCAGCAACGGAAGGAUUACCCAGCCACUAUCCCAACCGUAUCCCCCGAGUUUCUUCCUGAGGACAUUUUCAGAGCAGCAGAGGCUACCCAGCUCCCCCCUCAGGUCCUUGCUGAGGAAGUGAUCUGCCUAGACAGUACCAGCAGUGGCAGUGAAGAUGAUACUAAAGGAAAAAAUAGCAUUAAAGAUGAAGUGAUUGAACUGAGUUCGGGAGAGGACGAUGCCCCCCAAAUUGUGGACAGCAGUGACUCUGGCAAUGAAGGGGAGGAAGACGGCAGCGAAGAGAGCAGCGGCUCUCAUGUGAAUGAUGCCUUAAAUCAGUCAGAUGCUCUGGGGCAAGUCAUUGUCAACAUCAACCAUCCACCAAACGAGGAAGACAUUUUCCUGGCUCCCCAGCUUGCACAUGCAGUGAAACCUCAUCAGAUUGGUGGGAUCCGAUUCCUGUAUGACAACUUGGUCGAGUCCUUGGAGAGAUUUAAAACCAGCAGCGGGUUUGGGUGUAUUUUAGCACAUAGCAUGGGCCUGGGCAAGACCAUACAGGUCAUCUCUUUCUUGGAUGUACUUUUUCGGCACACGGAGGCAAAGACUGUUCUUGCCAUUGUACCUGUGAAUACGCUCCAAAACUGGCUAGCAGAAUUCAACAUGUGGCUCCCAGCUCCUGAAAACCUUCCUGCUGAUUAUAACUCUAAAGAGGUCCAGCCUCGCACCUUCAAAGUCCACAUCCUGAAUGAUGAACACAAGACAACAGCUGCACGUGCAAAGGUGGUGAAUGACUGGGUGAUAGAGGGCGGUGUGCUGCUGAUGGGAUAUGAGAUGUACCGCCUCCUUUCACUGAAAAAGUCCUUUGCCACUGGAAGGAAGAAGAAAACAAAGAAGCAAACUGGACCUGUCAUUAUUGACUUGGAUGAGGAAGACCGACAGCAAGAGCUUCUGAAAGGGAUUGAGAAAGCAUUGUCUCGGCCCGGCCCAGAUGUGGUUAUUUGUGAUGAGGGGCACCGCAUCAAGAACUGCCAUGCCAGUACCUCGCAGGCCCUGAAGAACAUCCGCUCCCGGCGGCGGGUGGUGCUGACUGGCUACCCGCUCCAGAACAACCUCAUUGAGUACUGGUGCAUGGUAGACUUUGUCCGACCUGACUUCCUAGGCUCACGGCAGGAAUUCAGCAACAUGUUUGAACGCCCCAUCCUGAACGGGCAGUGUAUUGACAGCACCCCCCAGGAUGUGCGUCUCAUGAGGUAUCGCAGCCACGUCCUGCAUAGCCUGCUGGAGGGCUUUGUGCAGCGGCGGGGGCACAAUGUGCUGAAGGUUCAGCUCCCCUCUAAGGAAGAACAUGUCAUUUUGGUACGUCUGUCGAAGAUCCAGCGGGCCCUUUAUACAGAGUUCAUGAACCGGUUCCGAGAUGCAGGCAACAGCGGCUGGCUGGGACUGAACCCACUCAAAGCUUUCUGUGUCUGCUGUAAGAUCUGGAACCAUCCUGAUGUCUUGUAUGAAGCUCUGCAAAAGGAGAAUUUAGCAAACGAGCAGGACUUGGACGUGGAUGACCUCGGCACAGCAAGCACUAAUUCCCGCUGUCAGCCUCAAGGAGUUAAAGUCAAAACAGAGAGUAAUGCUUUGGCAUCACCAGUUGGAGAAGCCACCAACAGCAAGUUCCUCCAGAGCGUUGGCUUCAACCCCUUUCAGGAGAGAGCAAAUCAGGUUGUUACUUACGAGUGGGCCAAAGACAUCUUGUGUGAUUACCAGACGGGAGUCUUGGAAAACUCACCUAAAAUGGUGUUACUGUUCCACCUAGUUGAGGAGAGCGUGAAGCUUGGAGACAAGAUCUUGGUCUUCAGCCAGAGCCUGUCCACUUUGUCUGUCAUUGAAGAGUUUUUGGCAAAAAGACCAAUGCCAAGUCCUCCAGGUUCAGAUGGAGGAGUUCACAACUGGGUCCGAAACAUCAGCUAUUACAGACUGGAUGGCAGCACCUCUGCCUCAGAAAGGGAACGACUGAUUAACCAGUUCAACGAUCCCAGUAAUGCUUCUGUUUGGCUCUUCCUUUUGUCCACACGUGCUGGGUGUUUGGGUGUCAACCUCAUUGGUGCGAACAGAGUGGUGGUGUUUGAUGCUUCUUGGAACCCGUGCCAUGAUGCCCAGGCUGUGUGCCGAGUGUACCGCUACGGGCAGAAGAAGCCAUGCCACAUUUACAGAUUGGUGUCUGAUUACACCCUGGAGAAGAAGAUCUAUGACCGUCAGAUCUCCAAGCAGGGCAUGUCAGAUCGGGUGGUGGAUGACCUGAACCCAGUGCUGAACUUUACCCGACGGGAGGUGGAGAAUCUGCUGCACUUUGUGGAAGAGGAAUCCGACCUUGCUCAGCUCUCCCUCAAUCCAAGCAAGAUGAAGGAGUCAGUUCUACAGUUAGCUUGUCUCAAGUACCCUCACCUCAUCACCAAGGAGCCUUUUCAGCAUGAGUCACUGCUGAUUGACCGGAAGGAGCACAAGCUGACCAAGGCAGAGAAGAAAGCAGCCAAGAAGAGCUAUGAGGAGGAAAAGCGAGCAUCCGUCCCCUACACUCGGCCGUCCUACGCACAAUAUUACCCAGCCAGUGACCAGAGCCUGACGAGCAUCCCUGCCUUCAGCCAGAGGAACUGGCGACCAGCCCUCAAAGGCGAGGACAAGCCAGUGGCAAGUGUCCGCCCAGUUCAAUCCACCCCCAUUCCUAUGAUGCCUCGGCAUGUCCCCUUGGGCAGUGCAGGAUCCACCUCAAGUUCCAACCCUGCUGUCAACUUCCCCAUCAACUAUCUACAGCGAGCUGGUGUCCUUGUGCAGAAGAUUGUCACAACCACAGAUAUUGUGAUUCCGGGUACAAACACAUCCACUGAUGUACAGGCAAGAAUCAGUGCUGGUGAGAGCAUCCACAUCAUCCGAGGGACAAAAGGGACAUACAUCCGGACCAGUGAUGGGCGGAUUUUUGCUAUCCGGACCACUGGGAAGCCAAAGGGCAACGAAGACCGUCGGACAGCUGCCUCAGGCUCCCAGAGCUCUUCGCUGGAAUCCACAAGCAACGGCAGACACAGUGCCUCAUCCCCACAGCUCCCCAGCGCAGAGGAGCUCACUCGGCCCAUAUCCCCCGACAGCCCUGAAAUCAUCAGCGAGCUGCAGCAGUACGCGGAGGCGGCGGCAGCCCGGGAGUCCCGGCACAGCUCCCCCAGCACCACCACAGCACAGGGCCACCCGUCCCGCACAGUCAGUGCGCCCGGCGUAGCGGCUCGAGGAGCUGAGCAGCGUGCGGGGAUUCACUGCGUGGCUGACUCUAUGUCUUCAGCCCUGCCAGUCACCAGCCAGCACGUCGAUGCCCACUCGGUGUUGGACUUACGGGGCAACAAGCGCAAGUCGAGCUCGCCGUCGACUCCGGAGGAGCAAACCCGCAGGCAGCAGAAGAAACGCCAGCUGCCGUCGUCCGUGCAGCCGUACGAACACGGGUACCCCGUCUCCGGAGUUGAAAACCGAGGGGUUCUGAGCAAACUGCUGGACAACUUGUCUUUGGAUGCACCAUGGAAAUAAAAAUCAAACCCCCCCACAAAAGUAACAAAGCAAAUUAACUGAUGGUGUUCAUGCAAGUUCCUCCAAAGCCGUGACAGUGCUGCGUUGUGAGUCAUGCCCUCCCGUGCUCUGUGUGUCUGCCUGCGCACAGCCCUGUGCCGCUGAUGGUUACCAGCGUGCCCCGCUGCCCGCCGUGUCCCCGUGAGGCUGUGGUUGCUGGUGGUUUUGGGGAUGGGUCGUAGCAAGGGGUGGUCCUAGUGGGGAGAGUGGGAGCAGAGGGGCAGCGGAGCCCCUCCGCAGCCGGGCUUCCUCAUGGACCCUGUGCUGAGAUGUGUCCCCAAGGUGUCCCCACUUGGCCGUGUGCCACUGCAGGUGGUGGAACUUAGGACAGCUCUGCAGGCAGCCUCCCUGCAGCUCACCAGGUGCCUGCCCCGGUCCCAGGCACCCUUUGGACACAAUGGGGUCCCCCCUUGAAGAGGGUCCGUGUCCCCAUCAGAGCCCAGCCCAGGGGGUGGCCAUCACUGCUGCCUGCAGGGCUCUGGGACAGCACUUGUCCAUCUCCUCCCUCCUCCUCCCAGCACCAUGGGGUUAUGCAGGCUGUUCCUGAGUGGAGGGACCUCUUUGAGCCCUGCAGCACCUCUCCCAGGGAUCCCAACCCUACAUCCCCUCCCUCAGCAUGUGGUUCUGCUGCAGGGCUCCUGUCCUGGCCCUGAGCCUGGAGUGGCGCUUUCCCACCUGGUUCAGCUCUCUCUUUAUUUUUGCUGCUGACUUUCUGUCUCCCAACAACCAGUGGGAGCAGCAGGGCUGGGGGUGACGCUGGGGACACCGGGCUCUGCCCGGGUUCUUAUAGACCCUAAGGAAGAGCUGGGGUCGGUGGGGCAGUGUCCCAGGGGCAGGGUGGGCUCUGCAGGGUGCUGGGGGGCGGCUGCAGAUGCGCACACAAAGCAGAGGGAUCCAGCAAGCAGAGGGGUGUUUGCUAGAAAUGACGAUGUGUUGUGGCUUAGUGACAGCAGCAAACAGCUGAGCACCACCAGAACAUCGCUCUUGGUUGUGGGGUCAAAAGAGGCAAAGGGCAGCAAUACCUUCGCAGCUCGUGUUGCUCGCCACACUUGGAUGAAUUGUGCUCAUGCAGGGGAGGAACUGGGGAAGGGUUGGGGGGUGUUGGUCACAAGGGGAACGUAAUGUAACGCUGUGGGGAUGGUGGCUCCUGGCAGCCACGGAGGAUGCGCUCCCUUUGCUGGGACAGUGACACCGCUCAGCACCAGAGCCCACAGCACAGCCACGCGUGCGUGGAGCCUGAGUGAAUCCAUCAAUAAGUCUCACUUCGGUUUUCCUGUUUUUGGGGGGUUAUUCUUUCGUUUUUUAACUACCGCCUUAGUUUGUGGUUGGUCUUUUGUGGUUGGAAGGAGGAGCACCCAGCAAGGUGGGUGGGUCGGUGCCCCACGCAUGAUCUCGUGCUUCCCUCUGCUCUCUGUCCAACGGGCUGUACUUGCCUGAGC